GAGAGAGAGCGAGAGAGAGAGAGAGAGAGAGAGAGAGAGAGAGAGAGAGAGAGAGAGAGAGAGAGAGAGAGAGCAGGUUGAUGCUGACAGGCGACAGAAAACAGGACGAACUUUUCUCCUCCCGAGAGACUCUGCUGCUGCCGGUCUGAUCAGCCAUGAAGGAGCACAGCUUCAAACAGGAAGUGAUGGAGAUCCUGCAGGAGGCGCCGAGCGCCCGCCAGGCGCUGCAGGAGAACUACAGCAACCUGCUGAGCGUGGCCGAGUACUGCUGCAGCAACUACCAGCAGGCGGGGGAGAACAGUGUGAAGGCUUUGGAGGAAACCAAGAACUUCACCACCCAAUCACUGGCCAGCGUCGCCUACCAGAUCAGCUCUCUGGCCAAUAGCGUGCUCCGGCUGCUCGAUGCUCAGACCAAUCAGCUGCGCCACAUGGAGUCAUCCAUCAACCUCAUUGGACAGACGGUGGAGAUGCACAAGGAGAAGGUGUCCCGGCGGGAGAUCGGCGUCUUCACGGCGGUCAGGAGGGUCCCGCGCAGCCACAAGGUCCUCCCCCCCGCCGCCCCGCCCAGCUCGCAGCUCCGCCCACCCUACAAGCGCUGUCCAAUCAACUACCAGCAGCUGGACGGCCUGGGCCACGGCAUCAAGGUCUCUGGGAAACAGUCGGACAGAACAGGAAUGACCCGCAAGCAUGGAGGCACCAUCAGGUCCUCCAAGCCUCCAGAGCCGGUGCAGUGUCCGGUGGCGCCCCCUGCAGGCGGCUCCAGUUUUGGGAAGCCUGUGGCUCCGCCCACUGUCCCCACCUGGCCCGCGUCACCUGAAUGUGACAUCAUCACUACGCUGCUAGACGACGCCCCGCCCCCUCCCCCUCCCCCUCCCCCUCCGAUGGCCGACGCCUCGGUGCAGGAUGAUGAGGUCACCGACAGUUCAGGCCCGCCCCCUCCUCCUCCUCCUCCUGAUUCGUUGGUGGACCAGGUGGCUCCGCCCCCGCCUCCUCCUCCCCCUCCCCCCCCUCCUCCCGCUCCUGAAGCUCCGUCCGACCAGAGCGUCCCGCCUCUGGCCCCGCCCACCAGCUUGGAGACCGUGGUGGAGGAGAACAGCUUCCCCCCUCCCUCUCCGCCUCCUCCUCCCUCUGAUGACGUCAUCCCUCCACUGACCAAUGAGGGCCUUGAACUGCCAGCUCCGCCCCCUCCACCUCCUCCCUGCCCGGAAGCAGAAGUCUCCCUCCAGUCCAGGAGGAGUUGCCGUCGCUCGCCCCCCAGCACUCGCUCUCUCUCUCUCAGGGUGCGCUCUGGCCCCGCCUCCCGCUGCCGCUACACGCGCUCCCUCUUCCUGCCCGCCGUCCAAUCACUGAUGAUCCCUCCUCCUCCCCCCUAUCCUCCCCCCCUCGCUCCUCCUCUUCCUCCUGCCUCCCCCUCCUCCUCCUCCUCCUCAUCUUCCUCCCGCCUGCUUCCUCGCUCCUCUUCUCCUCGAAUCUGCUUGCCUGCUCGCCUGGAACACCUGGAUCUGGAGAUCCCGGCCCCGCCCCCUCCCCCGCUGUUCCCCUGUGAUGUCACUUUUGAUGACAUCACCCCACCCCUCCCUCCUCCGGUCGACUACGACACCGACGCCCCAGCAGAGUACCUGGACAAAGUGGUGGCGAUGUACAGCUACGAGGCCACCAAGCCGGAGGACCUGUCCUUCAGCGAGGGCGACCUCAUCUACCUGACCUGUCGCCAUGACAACGGCUGGUGGGAGGGCGUCCUCAACGGCAAGCGAGGCUUCUUCCCGGAGAACUACGUCCAGUCCAGCGGCUAGGUGGCCUGGAGAGCCACGCCCCCCUCGCUGGAUGAAAUCAAGCCACGCCCCCGUAAUGACAUAAUGUAAUGAGAUAAUUAUGUCUUGAAUUGAGAAAAACAGGGCAGAUUGUUUUUUUAAUUUCUGAAGUGAAUGCAUGAGGCUUCUGUAGAGCACUGAUCACACGCCAAGAACCACGUCGUUUCUGUUCAACUUGUUUUAACCCGGGAGGGAGGCUGCGUCCGGGCCGCUUUGGGGGCACAGAAACAUUAUGGAGCCAGGAGAGGUGGGGGGAUAUUCUGAGGGGUAAAAUCAGAAUGUCUGAGAUUAAAGUUGCAAAUUCAUGAGAAAAAAAAA